AUGCAUCUCGCCCACACCACACUCGCCGCCGGCGUGGCCUUCCUCCUCGCCACCCCAGCGAGCGCUCUCAAGAAUCCAGACGCCGUCGGAGCAUGCGACCCUACAACCGGCGGCACGAAUGCCUGCGGUCCCAACGGCUCACAGCACUGGCUCAACAACGGGCUCAGGGCCAAGGGCUGGGAUCCCCCCUUCUUGGCCUGGCACAACAUUUCCCGCAUCUCCAUCAGGCAGUUCUACAGAGCCGCAGGGAGUCCCUGCGAGAAGUUCGACUCACACUUCAAGAUCGCAGCCAUGAAGUACCAGAUCGACCCGGCGCCGCUGGCCUUCAUGGCCAUGCAGGAAUCCGGCUGCGACCCCAACGCGCGCGCGCCAACCCUCGGCCUGAUGCAGUGCCUCCCGGUUUACUGCCAGAACGGCAAGUCGAGCUGCCAGUUUCCCAUACAGGACAACGUCGAGUGCGCCGCCUAUCUCUGGGCGGUGGCCAUGAGACACGCCAAGGGCAACGUCGUCCACGCGCUGGGCCUGUACAACGGGUGGUUCACCGCCAACGACGGCAGCGGGCUCGACGGCGGAAGGGGCAUGACGGAAAAGUAUCCGUGCUCCGAGGAAGGGCGGACUCACCGUAUCCCCCACAACCUGAACUACCUCCACGAGAUGCUGAACGGCUGGUUUCAGGGCCACGACAUGAACAACAAGGACCAGCACCUGCGCGGAUCGUACAACUGCUUCUAG